AUGCAAUCCAAGAUCGGCGGCGGCGGCUUACCUCCAGCGUUUUCUCUCUUCCCAAGCUUAAACAAAACCUUCACAUUCCACCAAAUCCUCGUCCUCAUCAUCACCUUCCUAGCCUACGCUUCGUUCCACGCUUCUCGCAAACCUCCGAGCAUCGUCAAGAGCGUCCUCGGACAUUCCGUCAACGAACAAUCAAACUCUCCGAUCGACAACAGAUGGGCUCCGUUCAAAGGAACCGAAGGAAUGCAGAGACUCGGCGAGCUCGAUCUAGCGUUCCUAUCUUCCUACGCUCUCAGUAUGUAUUUCGCAGGGCAUUUAGGAGAUAUGAUCGAUCUGAGGCUGUUUCUCGUGUUUGGGAUGAUGGGAAGUGGGAUCCUCACCGUUGUCUUCGGGUUAGGGUAUUGGAUGAACGUGCAUCUUCUCGGGUUUUACAUGACUAUUCAGAUCGUUUGUGGGUUGUUUCAAUCUAUCGGGUGGCCUUGUGUUGUCUCUGUGGUUGCGAACUGGUGUGGGAAGGAGAAGCGUGGGUUGAUUAUGGGUGUUUGGAACUCUCAUACAUAUGUUGGGAAGAUUGUUGGUUCCAUUGUUGCUUCUUCCGUGCUUGAUUCCAGAUGGGGUUGGUCUUUUGCUUUGCCUGGUGGGUUGGUGAUUGUGUCUGGAUUGGUUGUGAGGAUUAUAUCUGACUUGAAUCUAGCCACUAGUAUAUAG